CGGGCGAGUCCGAGGAGAGCCGCCCGGGGUGCCGCCCGCGUUUCCCGCCGCGCCGGGCUCGCCUGCCUCGUCCUUUCUGCGGCACAGGGCACGAUGGGGUUCGUCUUCUCGAAGUCCAUGAACGACAGCCUGAAAGCUCAGCAGGAGUUUAUGCUCAUGAACUCACGGCUUCAGCUGGAAAGGCAACUACUGAUGCAGAACCAGAUGAGAGAGAGACAAACAGCCAUGCAGAUUGCUUGGACACGCGAAUUUCUCAAAUAUUUUGGGACAUUUUUUGGACUUGCUGCUGUAGGUUUAACAGCUGGAGCAAUAAAAAAGAAGAACCCAGGAGUUUUACUGCCAAUAGUUCCCUUAAGCUUUAUAUUUGCCUAUCAAUAUGAUAUGGGCUAUGGGACACUGUUGCAAAGGAUAAAAGGUGAAGCAGAGAACAUAUUGGACACACAGAGCACUUUGCUAGAAUUGCCGAAAGGACCGCUCACUUAUGAAGAUCUGGAGAAGAUCAGAAGAUCUCAGAGCAAGUUCUUCAUAGAAAAAUAGGAAGAUAGUAUUAAAGCUUAGUAUCUGAAAUCUGAUUGUAAUACUGGUUUUGGACAUAAAUUAAUUAUGAAAAUUUAGAGAAAAUUAUGAGCUUUUAUAAAAUCAAAAUAUAAUUCAUUUUUUAAAUCAGUACUUUCUAAAGCAAUGAUUUUCAUAUUGUAUGUAUCUCUUGAAAAGAUCCAUUGUUGCUGUAGUAUAUUUUUCUUGUUUAGAACGAAAUAUUGAAUUUCCACUGUCUAUUUAGAGUCUGAAAAUAACUUUCAUCUGUAGUAAAAAUGCCUGGUACUGACCAAACUCACUAUAAUCAACAAAAAUAAGUUAAUUGGUAGUUACAAAUUUGUAUAAAUGUGGUCAUAAUUUGCAAAUAUAUUUAAGGAUGCACAGCUCAAUUUGAAGUCAGAAAUAGACAGUCAACUUCUUUGAAAAAUAUGACACUUAUUUGCUGUUCUUUAGGCAGUAAACUCACCAUCUCUGCUUCAAAUUCUGGAAUAAACAGCUUUUAUCAGAACUAGGUUCAGAAGUAAACAUGUCACUCGCUAACUGUGUGUUUUACUCGUAGGAAAAACUGUAUUAAAGUAUGAGCAGAGAUAAUUUCUCAAAAAGAGAAAACAAAUUAUGUAGCUAUUUCCUGAAUCUUUUUCAUGCUUGUUUGACAUUCUGAAACUCAGGAUAAUUUGUUUACAUGAAAUCAGAGUUUCACUACUAAGAUGAAUAUUAACUUAGGCUAACAGCAAGCAAAAUUAUUAAUACAUGUUUUUGUAAUGGGUAGAUCCAAGGGGCCUUACAAGUACUGAAAAACUGAGGGAUUUUUUGCAUGCCUUUACUCUAGCAUGGUAUAUACUGAGAAUAUAAUUUUAGUAUAUUUUAGUGUUCUGAUGUUACACUUGGCAAAAAAAUUCAUCUUUCUGUAUUGGAAAUCUUGUUUAAAAACAGAUUAUUUUUUGUUUUGGAUGGAAGUUCCCCUAGCAUUAGUCUAAUCGUGGAAUGAAAAACAAAUGCUCAAAAAGCAUCCAAUAAUGAAUUAAGCCCAAGUCUGCAUUGACAAUUUGUUGAGUUAAAAAUUAAAUUCCAGCUGGAGAUAAUGCCCCGAAUCUGUUGUUGAAGACUACUUGACUAAAAUUAGAAUAUUGUUACAGUAGGACAGGUGAAUAUAUAAUAAAACAAAAGCUUCUGAGCAUAGAAGAAAUUAAUAGCACAGUUUCCGUAGCUGUGUAAGAUUGAUUUCUGAAAGUGCAUUCACUUCUGCAUUCAAUCACUUCUGUAAUUGGUUCUGUCAUCUGCAUGUUAAUGACGCAUACAAUCUGUAACAGAUUUAAAAUGUGAUACUUUUUAAUGUGCAGAGUGAUAAAAUGGGUUAUAAUAGCUUGUUUGGUUAUAAUAGCUUGGUCUACACUUCGGCCGUUUAGGAUUUAAGGCAGUGAUUUUAAUUGUCUAGGAAGGCGUGCACAAGCAUAAGUUGCCUUUAAUCAUCAUACCAGUUGUACUCAUAGAAAUAAAUUAAUGAAACGCCUAGAA